CACCACGUUCGAAGGAGUUGGUUCCAUUGGCAGUUGCGCAAAUAACUAAUUCGCUUUGCACUGGUACCCUCCUCCCAAUAACCCCUUUGCCGUCUCUUCGAUUUUCCUUCGUUGCCUCCCCCUCUUUCAACUAAAAUCAUAAUGGGCUUCAGAUCCCUCUUCAACCGCAAGAAGAAACUCAUCAACAAAUCUUUAUCAUCGCCAUCCGACGCCGCCACCGCUGGCACCACCGGCUCCCCGCUCAUCUCCCGCUCGCCGUCCUUGGCGGUGUACACCCGCGCCGAGUUCGUCUCCGAAUUGGAGCAAGUCUUCAAGAAAUUCGACGUUAACGGCGAUGGCAAGAUCUCUUCCUCGGAAUUAGGAUCCAUAAUGGGAAGCCUUGGGCAAUCUGCAACCAAGGAGGAACUUGACAAGAUGAUUCGCGAGGUCGAUGCAGAUGGCGAUGGAUUUAUCAGCCUUGACGAGUUCAUUGAACUAAACACCAAAGACAUUGAUCCCAAUGAGGUUCUAGAAAACCUAAAGGACGCGUUCUCCGUUUUCGACAUCGACGGCAAUGGCUCUAUCACUGCGGACGAGUUGCACAACGUCAUGGCCAGCCUCGGCGAACCGUGUUCUCUGGACGAGUGCCGGAAAAUGAUCAACGGUGUUGACAGUGACGGCGAUGGCGCCAUCGAUUUUGAGGAGUUCAGGACGAUGAUGACGGGUUCUCGCUUUGUGUCACUUGAAAGUUAAAUGGCAUAUCAAGUUUGAUUUUGGUUCGACGA